AUGAAACCAAAAGAGGAAGUUGAGAAGGAGAAAUUAUACGUGCCUCCACCAUCAUAUAAACCACCAAUUCCUUACCCUCAAAGACUGGCUAAGUCCAAAACCGAAGGACAAUUCAGGAAGUUCGUCGAACUCUUGAAACAACUUAAUAUUACUAUCCCUUUCACCGAAGCUAUUACACAGAUGCCCUCAUAUGCCAAGUUCCUAAAAGAAAUAUUAUUUAGCAAGAAGAAACUAGAGGAUGAUGAGAAAAUGACGCUUAACACAGAGUGUAGUGCUAUCAUUCAGAAUAACAUGCCACCUAAACUGAAAGAUCCUGAUAGUUUUUCCCUACCCUGUGUAAUAGGGAAGUUUGUAAUAGACCAAGCCCUCUAUAAUUUAGGAGCUAGUGUGAGUUCGAUGCCCAUUUCCAUAUGUGAAAGACUCAAAUUGGGAGAGUUAAGACCAACGAGAAUGUCUUUCCAACUAGCUGAUCAUUCUAUUAAGUAUCCCAUAAGAAUGCUAGAGAAUAUUCCCGUCCGAGUUGGUCAAUUCUUCAUCCCUAUCGAUUUCAUAAUAAUGGACAUCAAAGAAGAUUCUAACAUCCCAAUUAUCCUAGGAAGACCCCUCCUAGCAACUGCCGGUGCCAUUAUAGAUGUGAAACGAGGAAAAAUAACUUUCGAAGUGGGGGAGGAGAAGAUUGAAUUCAUUUUAUCACAAUUUCUGAAAGCACCUGCCAUAGACGACACAUGUUGUUUUAUGGACAUCAUUGAUGAGUGUAUAAAAGAAAUAAAAAUGGAACCAUCCGAGGAUAGUAAAAUCCUAAAAAUCCCAGCACCACCCAUUCAUGAGAACGACCAACACAAAGAACCAUCCAUAGAUGACAGUUUAAGGGAAUGUCUAGCAUUAACUCCAAAUUUAAUGCCAUGCACGAAGAAACCAUAUAUAGAACUUAAAAUACUGCCGAAAAAUAUAAGAUAUGAAUUCUUGGACACAGAGCUUGAGCAACCAGUAAUAGUCAACGUCGAUUUAGGACAAAUAGAAACUGAAAAAUAUUACAUAUCCUAG